GAUGUGAAUUCCUCAUGCCUCGACCGGGUCAACGAUUUCACUUAUGACAUAGUCGGCUCGAUCACUUUCGGCCUGGCUGCCGAAAAAUAAUGAUAUCCAACAGAUGAAUUCCCCAGAUCUUGGUCGACUGAGCAGCUCAAUGGCACGCGCAGCGUGUGGAGAGGUCACCACAUGCCGCCUUCCACUAAGCAACUCAGGCGCAAGCUCAUCAACGUGUUACCGAAUCUCGUGCCCAUAGCUGUCUACUCUCUACACGUCUUUCUGGCUCCUUACACCAAGGUCGAAGAAUCCUUCACCUUGCACGCGAUUCAUGAUGUCCUAGCUCAUGGACUGUCGCCUACCAGGCUUCAACAUUGGGACCAUGUCGCUUUUCCGGGAGCCGUACCUCGGUCGUUCAUGCCUGCCAUCCUCAUUGGACUCUUGAGCUAUCCUCUGGCUGCGCUGAGCAUUUCGCUCGGAUGGGUUAAGACGAGAGUGGACGUCCAGAUACUAGUACGCUUGAUCCUCGCUGUCGUAUCCGCACACUGCUUCAAUCACCUCUCCCGCACCCUACGACAGAGAUAUGGCGCGUCAGUACGUUUAUGGUUUGUACUCCUGUCCAUGACUCAAUUCCAUAUCCCUUUCUACGCCGGAAGGACCCUGCCGAACUUUAUGGCUCUGCCAUUCGUCACGCUAUCCUUCUCGCUCAUACUGAGGUCUGGAAUAUCGUCUAUACCUGCCAAGGUAUCCUCCGCGCGAAUCCGCAAGUCCAUCAUCCUUCUGACGGCCACGGCGACUAUCAUUCGACUCGAGCUAGCCGCGCUCUUACUCCCAAUCGUGCUCUCGCUCCUCAUGUUUGGCAGGCUCACUCUCGAAACCGCUUUGAUCGCCGGCACCGUAGGUGGGAUCGGCUCCCUGCUCGUCUGCAGCCCAUUUGACCUUAUCCUAUGGCGCCCCACACUUACGCACCCCGACUUCCCAUUUGACUCGUAUCUUCAGCUCAUUUGGCCAGAAGCCACCAGUCUAUGGUACAACCUUUUCCUUGGUAAAGCCUCCGAUUGGGGAGAGAGCCCUUGGUGGUAUUACCUCGUCAAUGCUUUACCGAAAAUCAGUCUUUCGAGUCUACCCCUUGCAGGUCUCGGCAUGGUCUUGUGGUUCGCUGGAGCUUUGAGACUGAUCAAACCUGCAAGAACAAUGAGCGGUGCGAAAGAUGUCAUGGAGUCAUUCUUACUAGGAGGCUGUUGUCUUGUACUGGUCAUGAGCUGUAUAGGACACAAAGAAUGGAGAUUCGUAGUAUACGUAGUACCGAUCUUCAACAUUGUUGCUGCUUUUACCGCCGACUAUUUGUGGCAAUUCCCCUGGCGAAGGCUGCGUCCGCUUGCCCGCGUCGGUCUCGUCGGUCUCGUUUGUCUCAACCUCGCGUUUACCGCCCUAUCAACCUAUAUCAGCGCUUACAAUUAUCCAGGCGGUCAGGUCUGGCGCAUUUUGCAUUCUCUUCCGAUGUCUGGUUCAAAACCGGUCAUCCAUUAUACCAACUACCCGCUACAGACUGGCGCAUCCCUCUUCACAUUCACGCAUAUACCACUCCAAUCCAGGGCUCUGCCGCUGACGCAGAAUGAGUGGACGUACUCGAAAUCCGAGGAUCAGCAUCUUGAAACUCCCUCAGGUGCAUUGAGUGCAGGCUUGGACUAUGUAGUGUUGGAUGCCAACCUUUACUCAAGCUGGGAGGACACGCGUGAUUGGCAUGUUGUCGGCACGGUGCAAGGUUUGGGAAAGUGGCGCCGCAUCGGCAAAUGGAUGCUGGGCAUGGAUAAGGAGAUCAAAAUCUAUGUGAUGGGUAGGGCUGAUGGAGAUGUGAGAGGGGCCGGGGGUAUCAUAGAAGUCUAGACUGUAUCGUGAUCUCCCUGCAUCUCUCUAGUCCCUAUUUCUGCCUCCGGGUCCAUCUGUAUCA